AUGCCGGCAGCUCGUCGGUGUCGCUCGCGGCGUCCUGCACGGUCUCGUGAUUCAUGCGCGAGUGGUGCGAGCGCGGCGCGGGCGGCUGCAGACGCCGGCGAAGGGGGCGGCGGCAUGAGGUGGACGCACAGAAUGAGAAGCGCCAGCUCAGCAGGCGGUGCGUGGAGGGGUGGACGGCGAAAGCCGGAAAGGACGGGCCGCGCGGGCGGGAGAGAUGAACAGAUGUCAUGGCUGCUGCGGGGGUCCUACGUUGGUUUGGUUUCUGGCGAGGGUAGGUGCAUGAAGGAUAGAGAAGUCUUCAUCCCGGGCGUGCCGCAGGAGACACUGGCGGAUGUGCGCGUUGGUUUGUGA